AUGGCGUUAGAGAACCGCCGUCGUACGGACGAUCGUCCGUUGGGGGUGCUGCCCUUGCUCUCCGUAGUGAUCAAUGUUUACAUGGUCCGUUUCAUGGAGUACACGCCCACUCAACUCCAAAACCCAGAGACCCUAGAAAAGAUGAUUACGGGCUCAUUACUGUCGAUCUGGCUGUACCGCAUUAGCCACAUCCUCGAUCUUUGCCUCAUCAAGACGUCGAUUUUAUUGUUCUAUCACCACAUUGCUGCAUCGAACAGGCGCUUCCACUACAUCAUCCGUGCGCUACUCGCCAUCAUCAUCCUCGGCGGCAUCUCUAUGUUCUUCGCAAGCUUAUUCAUGUGCUACCCGCAGUCCACGACCAGCGGCACUUUUGUGCAGACAAGCGGUACCGGGGUGCAGUCCAGCGGCUAUGCCUAG